GGCUGCGGCGGCGAGCGCUGCCCCGUAUCACCCGCUGCCGGGACACCGCGGCUGCGUUCCGAGCCGCCGGCGGAAUCGGAGCCAGCGACGGAAGGCGCCCGCCCCCCACUUCGCCGCUUUCCGCCGGGAAUCGCCCGGGAGAUCCCCGAGACCGAGGCCGCCGCCGCCGCCGCCGCGCCAUGGCGAUCGCAAGGCAAGUGCUUUGUCUGUGUGCUUUCCUGUCCGUGCCGCACGCUCGCGCCGAGCCCAUCCGCUACUCCGUAGCCGAGGAGGCGGAAAGCGGCUCCCUGGUUGGCAACCUGGCGGAGGACGCGGGGCUCACGCCGGAGCAGCUCUCGGCUCGCCGCGCCCGCCUGGUCUCGGAGGACGGGCGGCAGCAUUUUCGCUUAGACCGCGCCUCCGGCCGCCUCGUCGUGGCGGGGAGGCUGGACCGGGAGGAGCUGUGCGGCCACUCCGGCACCUGCAUGCUCCCCUUCGAGCUGCUGCUCGCCAACCCCCUGCAGUUCUUUCGGGUCGAGGUGGCUCUAGAAGACAUCAAUGACCAUUCACCCGUUUUCCCCGAGGAACAAGUCAUCUUUAGGAUUCCCGAAACAAGCGACCGGGGUUCGCGUUUCCCUCUGGAGGGUGCUCGGGAUCUCGAUAUUGGCAGCAAUAAUAUCCAGACAUACAGCAUCUCUCCCGAGAACGGGUACUUUAGUGUCUCCUUUGGCAGUCGGAGUGAAGAUGACAAAUAUAUUGAACUUGUUUUGGAAAAGCCACUAGACAGAGAGGAACAGGCAGAGAUGGAUUUCAGUCUCAUUGCUGUGGACGGUGGCUCUCCUCCCAAAAGUGGGACCACCCAAGUGAAAAUUGUCAUUCUAGAUGUAAAUGACAAUGCUCCCAUCUUCACACAAGAGUUGUACAUUGGACAGGUAUUAGAGAACAUGCCAGAAGGCUCUGUGGUUCUGAGUGUGCUGGCAACAGAUCCGGAUGCCGGAGUUAAUGGGGACAUUUCCUAUCAACUCAGACAGGCAGUGGGCCAGAGCAACUCAGCGUUUGUGAUUGAUCCCAUAACCGGUGAAAUUAAACUCAUAAAACCUCUGGACUUCGAGGAUUCAGAGCAUCAUGAAUUCCGUGUGAGGGCCACAGAUGGUGGGGGACUCUCAGCAAUCUGCAAAGUGUUGGUGGAGGUGGUGGAUGUGAAUGACAAUGCCCCAGAGCUGGUGGUCAGUUCCUUCAGCAGUCCCCUCCCCGAGAACACAGCGCCUGGCACGGUGGUUGCCCUCUUUACGGUCAGGGACCAGGAUUCUGGUGCCAACGGGAAGAUCUCCUGUGCUCUCGAGGAUCAGCUCUUCUUCUCCCUGCGGCCAGCCUUUAAGAAUUACUAUGAGGUGGUGACAGUGAGCGCGCUGGACCGCGAGGAGACGGCUCAGUACAUCCUGACUGUCACAGCAGCAGAUGCGGGGUCCCCUCCCCUCACUACCACGCAGACCUUCAGCGUGGACAUCUCGGAUGUCAAUGACAAUGCCCCUGUGUUCAACCAGACGUCAUACACCAUGUAUGUGCGUGAGAACAACGUCCCCACGGUGUUUGUUGGAGCCAUCAGUGCUGCAGAUGCUGACGUGGGGCUCAAUGCCAAGGUGACCUAUUCCCUGGCCCCAGUCGAACCGGCAGAGCGGCCUUCCUGCUCCUGCAUCUCUGUGAACUCCGAGAACGGACACGUCUUCGUGCUGCGGCCCCUGGACUACGAGCAGUUGAGGCAGACCGAGGUCACAGUCAGUGCCUCUGACGCGGGGUCUCCUCCCCUCAGAGCCAACGUCACCCUCCGCCUUGUCGUGCUGGACGAGAAUGACAAUGCCCCGCUCGUGCUCUACCCAGCCCAGGACAGCAGCCCACCGUCCAGUGAGCUGGUGCCCGUGUCGGCUGAGGCGGGCUACCUCGUCACCAAAGUGGUGGCCGUGGAUGCCGACUCGGGACAGAACUCGUGGCUCUCGUACCACCUGCUGAGGGCCAGCGACCCCGGGCUGUUUACGGUGAGUGCCCAAAGCGGGGAGGUGCGUCUGAGGAGGCCGGUGACAGAGAGAGACACCGUGAAGCAGAAGCUCGUUGUCCUGGUGAGAGACAACGGGAAGCCCCCGCUGUCAGCCACCGCAGCUCUGAGCGCACUCGUGCUCAAGGACUUCUCAGACGUGCGCCUCCCGCACAGCAGUGCGGCCACAGAGGAUGAGGGCGGCUCCCUGACCACCUAUUUAAUCAUUUCCUUGGUCUUUGUCUCACUCCUCUUCCUCAUCUCCACCGCCGUCUUUGUCGCUCGCAAGGUGUGCAAGAGACAGGAGCUGAAGGCUGGCCAUGUGCUUUAUGGUGCCGACAACUUGCAGAGCGGCCUGGCCGAUGCAGCCGCUGCAGGGACCCUGCCCCACGCCUAUUGCUACGAGAUCAGCCUCACAACGGGCUCGGGCAACAGCGAGUUCAAAUUCCUCAAGCCCAUCCUCCCCAGCCUGCCACCACAGCACAGCGCCGUGGGCCAGGGCCCUGAUGAUGAACAGGAUUUCCCCUGUGUCCCUGUGAGCACAGAGGACAUGGCACCAGACAACCCUGGGACUCUCUCUGCAGGACACUUCAACACUCUUUCCUUUAAGUAGCACAGGGUCUGCACAUCUGGAUGCUUCAUGGCUCAUGGGAAGAAGGAUCCAGGCUGCAGCCUGUGGCAACGGUUCCUCUAGAGUAAACCCGUGUUUCCAAUUGGCAUAACCAACUUCCUACAAAUUCUAAGUGAGAAUAAAAGUUGUCUCCGACUCAAAAAAAAAAAAAAAAAAAAAAAAAAAAAGAAAUUAUAAUCACCUGAGGUUCCUUCAUUUAGUCAGUAGUGUGUUUCACCUGGUAGAGGCAUUUCUGAUAAGCUGUAAGGAUGUGGUUAGCACUCCCAUCUAAGUAGUUAUGUCUCUUGUUGUCUGACAGGGCAGUGGAUAUUUUUGUUUUGCGCUGUAACACGAGGUCACAGUUGGCCAAACAAAUCAUAUCCUCACUAAAAUGCAAGAAGGCUUUUUCCCAGCUCUGGAAAGUGAGGAAGCUGUGAGU